CCUCACCAUGAGCCCCUGGCAGCCCUUGGUCCUGGCACUCCUGAUGCUGGGCUGCUGCUCUGCUGCCCCCAGACCACGCCAGCCCAUCUUUGUGGUCUUCCCGGGAGAACUACAAAGCAAUCUCACAGACAAGCAGCUGGCAGAGGAAUAUCUGUUCCGCUACGGGUACACUCAUGCGGCAGAGAUGAGCGACGAUGAUCAGUCCCUGCGUCGGGCUCUGCAGCGUCUCCAGCGGCGUUUGGCCCUGCCGGAGACUGGCGAGCUGGACAGCACCACCCUGACUGCCAUACGUGCCCCGCGUUGCGGCGUCCCAGACGUGGGCAGAUUCCAGACCUUUGAGGGCGACCUCAAGUGGCACCAUCGCGACAUCACCUACUGGAUCCAAAACUACUCGGAAGACUUGCCGCGCGAGGUGAUCGACGACGCCUUUGCCCGCGCUUUCGAGCUUUGGAGCGCUGUGACGCCGCUCACCUUCACUCGCGUGUACGGCCCAGAGGCCGACAUCGUCAUCCGGUUUGGUGUUAGGGAGCACGGAGAUGGGUAUCCUUUCGAUGGAAAGGACGGGCUCCUGGCACACGCCUUUCCUCCUGGUCCAGGCAUUCAGGGAGACGCCCACUUCGACGAUGAUGAGUUGUGGUCUCUGGGCAAAGGCGCUGUGGUUCCAACCUACUUCGGAAACUCAAAGGGCGCCGCCUGUCACUUCCCCUUCACUUUCGAGGGCCGCUCCUACUCCAGCUGCACCACGGACGGCCGCUCCGACAACAUACCCUGGUGCAGCACCACGGCCGACUAUGAUACCGACCGCCAGUUCGGCUUCUGCCCCAGCGAGAGACUCUACACCCAGGACGGCAAUGGGGACGGCAAGCCCUGCGUGUUUCCGUUCACCUUCGAGGGCCGCUCCUACUCCGCCUGUACCUCCGACGGUCGCUCCGACGGCUACCGCUGGUGCGCCACCACCGCCAAUUACGACCAGGACAAGCUCUUUGGCUUCUGCCCGACCCGAGCUGACGCGACGGUGACCGGCGGCAACUCGGAGGGGGAGCUGUGCGUCUUCCCCUUUGUCUUCCUGGGCAAGAAGUACUCAGCCUGCACCAGAGAGGGCCGCAGUGAUGGGCGCCUCUGGUGCGCCACCACCUCCAACUUCGACAGAGACAAGAAAUGGGGCCUCUGCCCGGAUCAAGGAUACAGCCUGUUCCUUGUGGCCGCGCACGAGUUUGGCCACGCGCUGGGCUUAGAUCACACGUCCGUGCCAGAGGCGCUCAUGUACCCCAUGUACAGCUUCACUGAAGAUAACCCCCUGCAUAAGGACGAUGUGCAGGGCAUCCAGCAUCUGUAUGGUGCUCGCCCUGAACCUGAACCAAGGCCUCCAACCACCACCACAGCUGAACCCCAGCCCACCGCUCCCACCACGGUCUGCGUCACGGGGCCUCCCACUGAGCGCCCCACUGCUGGCCCCACAGGCCCCCCUUCAGCGGGCCCCACGGGUCCUCCCACUGCUGGCCCUUCUGAGAACCCCACACUGACCCUGAAUCCCGCAGAGGACGUCUGCAACGUGGACAUCUUCGACGCCAUCGCGGAGAUCGGGAAUCGCCUGCAUGUCUUCAAAGAUGGGAAGUACUGGCGACUCUCCGAGGGCGGGGGACAGCGGGUGCAGGGUCCCUUCCUUAUCAAGAACGCGUGGCCUGCGCUGCCCCGCAAGCUGGACUCCGCCUUUGAGGAGCCGCUCAGCAAGAAGAUUUUCUUCUUCUCUGGGCGCCAAGUGUGGGUGUACACAGGCGCGUCGGUGCUAGGCCCGAGGCGUCUGGACAAGUUGGGCCUGGGCCCGCAUGUGGCCCAAGUCACCGGGGCCCUCCCGCGCGCGGGGGGUAUGGUGCUGCUGUUCAGCAGGCAGACCUUCUGGAGGUUCGACGUGAAGACACAGCGGGUGGAUCCCCGGAGCGCCACCCCAGUGGACCAGAUGUUCCCCGGGGUGCCCUUGAACACGCAUGACAUCUUUCAGUACCAAGAGAAAGCUUACUUCUGCCAGGAUCGCUUCUACUGGCGCGUGAGUUCCGAGGAUGAGGUGAAUCAGGUGGACUAUGUGGGCUAUGUGACCUUCGACCUCCUGAAGUGCCCUGAGGAAUAGGGCUCCCCAGCCUGCUUCAACACUGCAUUGGGGGUCCCCACAGGGACCAUCCCAAUAGGGAAUGAGCCAGUCUGUCAGAUCCAAACUGGUGGGUCUGUUCUGAAGGACAAGGAGGAGGGGAGGUGGGCUGGGCCCUCUCUUCCCACCUUCUUUUCCUGUUGGAAUGUUUUUAAUAAACUUGGAUUCUUUAACCU